AUGGCUUGUGAGGACGCAGAAGAAUGUGUAAUUGAUAGAGAAUAUGGAAGUAUAGAGUUUGUGAAAGAAGGGACGAUUUUGAGUACGACAGAAAUUAUCGAGUUAAGAAGGGGUCUUAUAUCUGGUGUUAAAUGGUGCUUAAAUAUGGAAGACAUGGAGACAGGAAAACGCCAAGUACUGAAGGCCAAAUAUUCUGAAUCAGGAAGUGAAAAGUUUGAUUUCCAGAGUCACGAAACAGUUAAGCUCGAGAAGCAUGAAAAGUGUUCGUUUCAAUGUAAGGAGAAAGCUUCAGACUGUUCGAGCCAACAGAUUUAUAAGGAAGACGAAUGCUGUUGCGUUUGUAAAAAUCAACAUAGAUCUGGCAGCUGUCAUAAGGACCAAAUCUGGGACUCCGAGGUCUGCGAGUGUAAAUGUAAGAACUAUUCUAAGUGUUCGACAGGGCUCUAUUUUAACACGCGGACUUGCAGAUGUAACACUGUCAGUCUGCUAUGAAGUUUUUAACCCUAGCUCGACGUCGCUUUGUAGCCCAGUGAGACUUCUUCAUUCGAGAGAUAAACUACCUGGUUUUAAAAACUUCUUAUGUAGUUAAUAAACAUACAGUUGAGUCAUGUAUAUGCUAAUUU